AUGUUCAAAUACUUUUAUUUAUUGCUUUUCUUUUCAAAAUUAUGUGGAAUAUGUCAGAAUUUAACUUUCAAUACUACAACUGAUACUACUACUAUUCCCACCACUUCUACUUCAUAUGUUACAUCAAAAGUUGCUAGUAACAAAUCCAUUCCGGUUAAAGGAAUUCUCCUAGGUGUUGGUGUGCUUACUGGAAUUUUAUUUGUUCUAAUAUUAUGUAUAAAGUGUUGUAAGCCUGAUAACUUAAGUAAUGGUAUUAAUCGAAUUAAAAUGUCCUUUUCGCAUCAUGAUGAAACCAAAAUUUGGACGCCAAAUUUAGAAAAUGAAACUACUCAGGAAUAUGGAACUUCGCAAUAUAACAUUAAUACACAUAAUUUAAAUGAAAAUGCACCAGCAAGUAGUUCUACGUCUAAAACUCCUCCAAUUAUCAAGGUUAAUGCAUCAGUCAACUCUGAAAACCAAGUAGAUGAUGGAAACGAAUGGCAUACUAUACCAAACGAUCCUGAACUAGUGAAUGAGGAAAAGAUGUGA